CCCCACAACUUUACCCCGGCAUCUUCGUCUCUCUGAGACAAAGCUAAGAAAGAAGUAAAACGAUUUUCUAUUAUACACUCGCUAGAUUUCUUGGGGGCAUUUUUUUUUAAUUUUUCCCCUCAGAAAAGGGAGAAAAAAACAAUUAACAGACAGAGCCCCAGAAGGUUGCUAUAUUUGCCUACCAUUCUUGGAAGGCCUUUAUUUACUGGGAGGAAAACAAUAAAAGAUCAUUCAGGGAAGGAAAUUGUACAGAACAUGAGUGAAGUAAACCAAGGGAAUAAUCCUGAUGCUUCAGCAAUCAUCCCUCUGAAACGCAAGCGUGGUCGUCCACGCAAGUACCCUAAACUGGAGGUUGAUCAUAAUGGGAAUGCCUAUGUUCCAAGGGAUCAAAAUCCAAACCAUGGGGAGAAUGCUCGUACUACUCCUGGAUUUGGAGGGGUCAAUGGUAAUCAGCCACAUCAAGUAGAUCCAGUUAAUGAUGCAAUUGAUUCCAUGAUAGGCCAGUCAGUGCAUGGUAUUAUAGAGGCGACAUUUGAUGCUGGAUAUUUGCUUAAUGUCAGGGUUGGUGAUACCGAAACAACUUUGAGGGGUGUUGUUUUUAAGCCUGGACAUUACAUCCCUGUUAUGCCAGAAAAUGAUAUCGCCCCAGGUGUCCCAAUGAUCAGAAGGAAUGAGAUUCCCCUUCCGAGAGAAAGCAAUACUAAGGUCCACAGCCGUAAUCCUGGGCCUAGAGACAUAAAUGGAACUGCUCAUGCUGCCCGAGCUGCUAAUCCAGCUGGAUCAAAAGGUAAGCAGGUGCUUUCAGUGGUACCCCAAACCCCUGCAAUAUCAAGAGGCAAUUUAGUUCCUGUUGUACUUCAGCCAGUCAAUCUAUCAAAUGGUGCACCUAGUGCCAGUGCCACAAGCCAAACUCCCCAUCCAAUGACUUCUAAAGGCAAGCAGAUUCGAGAUGCUGAUCAUUCAUCAAAUGGAUCAACACCAACAAAUGAAGUCAUGCAAUUUCAAUCUCAAAAAAACCACCAGGUGAUGCAUUCAGGAUCGCAAAAUACAAGUCCUUUUAAUCAAACUCAAGCUGGGGGACUACAUGAAUCAGAAGCCAACCCAACGAAAACAACUGGUGUGCCUUUUGAGAAACUGUUAACUGAAGUAAUCAAGAGGGUUCCUGCUCCAUUACAGUCAACAGAUACUAAUAGCAGCUCAGCUGUUAACUUGCCUGUGAAAGAUUCUGGUAUUGUGGCAGAAAAGGAUGUCAGUGACACAGAUCAGGCCCUGUCUGUUGAACCACUGCAAGUUUUACAGCCUAAUGUUGGCUGUCAUCCUGCGGUUGCAUCUAGACCUUCCGAGGAAUACAAGACUGGCAAAAUGACUCAGCUCUUGCAGAAGGUUUUGCAGGAAAGCAUGGCAGACAAUCCAGGGGCCUGUACUGAGGGGGCGGCUGCAGGUUUAGAUUGAAAUAGAUAAUUUGAAAAGCCCAGAAACCACGCUUGGAGAUGAAUGGAGUAGUCCUUCAGAGCACACGGGGCAAGGGAAAAUGGUGUACUGGUGCUUCUGUACUAUGUAAAGUUUCCGGAGAAUGAAAUGAAUUACUAGACUUGUACAAGUCUAGAAAAUUAGUGAUCUUAAACUAGGUAGAGGCCACACAAGAUCCAUCUUUGCUCAAAAGUGUGAGGCUGAGAUGUCAUCUCUUAGACUUUUAUUUUAGUUCAAUUAUAAAGGAAACCUAGGUGCAUGUUUGCAUUUGGUACUGUAAUUUAUUCACAGUUUGAAUUGAAGGAUACCUUCUUAGUAGACA